UAAAAUUGGCAGGGAACACCUCAGGAAAGUUCAAAAAUGUUUCUGCUAUAACACCAUUAAACCUACAGCAGAUUAGAGUUAAAAGUUAAGGGGAAUGUUAGGCUCGGGCAGGAAAGGGAAGGCGAAUCUUUUCGAAGCAUUAAGGCCUAAUAAAUCUGCAAAACCCUAGGUGGAUUCAUAAGUUAUUGACAUAAAUCUGCAAAUCCGUUGGAGGGUGAGGUCCAAAGGGCAAAGGGCAAGGAACAAAGCCAGCCAUGGGGGAUGUUGAAAAUGAGAUUACGAGUGUCUUCCGAAAUGUAUCAGUGACGGUGGUGCCUUCCAACGAAUGGCUCGCCGGGGACCUCUGCUUUGCCACUGGGGAAGCAGAAGAAGAGGGGCCUUAUCUGCAUUUCAUCGAACAGGAACGAAAAGGAGAGGGCCAACCUCAAAUUUUUAAAGAGUUUUUGCGGCAUUCGCAGCUUUUCAGGGUGGGACCUGCUUCAUCAUUGUGGGUUACAAACAAGAAUUCACCUAGCUGUUCAAUUGAGAGCUUCUGUCAAGCUAUUUCAAUACAAUUCCCAACAGAAGCAGCAAACAGUGCAUUUGUUUCUACUUUUUCGGAGUUGAAGAGUGAUACAACAUCUGCUAGAGCCACUGGGAGGGAGUUGGCUAAUGGUUCGUGUGAUGCAUCUUGGAACCAGAGCAAGUUUGAUAAGAAAAUUGAGUCGUCUUCUGCUAAAAUGUACUUCCAUUAUUAUGGACAGCUUCUUCACCAGCAGAACAUGUUACAAGAUUAUGUGCGCACAGGGUCCUACUAUGCUGCUGUUAUAGAAAAUCGUAUAGAUUUCCAGGGCCGUAUUGUAGUGGAUGUGGGUGCUGGAAGUGGAAUUCUGUCACUUUUUGCUGCUCAGGCUGGUGCAAAGCAUGUCUAUGCUGUUGAAGCAUCGGAUAUGGUAGAUUACGCACGAAAACUUAUUGAUGGAAAUCCAUCUCUGGGUCAGCGAAUAACAGUGAUUCAGGGAAAAGUUGAGGAGGUUGAGCUGCCAGAGAAAGCUGAUAUAUUAAUAUCAGAACCAAUGGGAACUUUGCUAGUUAAUGAGAGGAUGUUAGAAUCAUAUGUGAUAGCAAGGGACAGGUUCCUUAGUCCCGUUGGCAAAAUGUUCCCUACAAUCGGCAGGAUCCAUAUGGCUCCCUUUAGUGACGAGUAUCUUUAUGUUGAAAUAGCAAACAAGGCUCUAUUCUGGCAACAACAAAACUACUAUGGUGUUGACUUGACACCAUUGCAUGGAUCUGCUUUUCAGGGCUAUUUUUCUCAGCCUGUAGUGGAUGCUUUUGAUCCCAGAAUGCUCAUUGCUCCAGCUAUAUAUCAUACAAUAGACUUCACUAAGGUCAAGGAAGAAGAACUGUAUGAAAUUGACAUUCCCUUGAACUUCACUGCAUCAAUUGGCACUCGAGUUCAUGGCCUUGCAUGUUGGUUUGAUGUUCUUUUCAAUGGAAGUGCUGUGCAACGAUGGCUCACCACUGCACCUGGUGCACCAACAACACACUGGUAUCAACUUCGUUGUGUCUUGUCUCAGCCUAUCUAUGUCAUGGCUGGGCAGACUAUUACUGGUCGGCUCCAUAUGGUUGCUCACAGCGCUCAGAGCUAUACUAUGUAUCUCACCAUGUCAGCAAAAAUGUGGGGUGCUGGUGCGGACCAAGGAGGUAUACUGCAAACAUCUUCGAGCAAGCUUGAUUUGAAGGAACCAUAUUAUAGGAUGUCACAGCCUCAAGCCUAUGCCUGGGCUCAGGAUCAGUCAGCUCAGCAGUUAGUCCAGCAGCAGGCAAAUGGUCUUCCAUCACAGCAAAGUGAGGGAACGAUCCUUGUACAACAGCCAAUACAAGCAUCUGCACUUUUGCAACAACAGCGACAGCAGCAACAACAGUUCUAUUAACAGCCUCCUCAAAAUUUUGAACAGCAGUUCCAUCUUUUCCAGUCAUAAUGGAUGUUUGGUAUGCCCAGUACAUUUCUAAUGGUCAUGGGUAGCAACCAAGCACUUAGUGCAGAGUAGCUGCAAGUUAGAUUGUUAAUUGACCAAUGAAAGCUCAUAUAUAUUUUUCAGUAGAAUGCUUGUAUUGGAAUUUACUUAUUUCUGCAUUGAGGCUCAAUUCUUCUUUACAUAACAAAUAAAUUGAACGGUUUUGCUCAUACCCUCUCCAACGAGUUGAGAGCAAGAUAAUGAGAAGAACCUGAGAAAUGUAUUUGAAGAAUCUUGGGCAGUCUAGACAGGCACAUGGAAUUAAAUUGGUACAGCUUUUGUAUUUGACCAAUAAAAAGGAAACUUUAGCUCAUUGAUACUAAAAGUUCUGAUUCUGUUUAUAAGAAAAGAUUUUCUCAUAAGUUUUGCUCUCAGACCUCAAAAAGCACUGAAACAUGCAAUAAGAGAACAUUUCAUUUUUCUCUAGUA